GAGUAAUUUGCAUUGUUUAAUUACAAAGUUGCCACUCUGCAUCUUCCUCACAUGCCCGAAAAUCCCAAGGAACUUCGGCCUCCAGGGCCUCUUCCCUCCCGACACCUCGUCUCGUCUCGACCAGCUUCGUGUUCUCAGUCUCCGCAAUAACUCCUUAUCUGGUUCUCAGCUCCGAAUCUUCAAUGUAUCUGCAAACAAUUUCACAUAUCCUCCUCCGAUUUGGCCCACCCUCGUUUUCGGGAAACCAGUAUCCCUGAGGGGAGAUCGUUCACACGGCAUGCAAUUCUCACUCCCCGUUUCUGUCCCUCCAAUGCCUCCAGCUCCCCGAGCUGAAUUGCAGGGAAUCGUGGUCGUUCCUUCGCAGAGACGCGCGCUGAGAGACAAAGUAAGAAGGAGCCACCGUCACAGUGAAGAACAAGCAAUGAAGGAGAGAAAGGAAGAAAGAAAAAAAAUUGAAGGAUGGAGGGAGCUUUUUCGAGGUUGGGAGUGUGGAAAGAAGAAGAUGCAGAGUGCAAACUUAUUUGCACCAAAUUUUCUUAGGAUUUUAAAUUGCUUUCCCCAUUUUACGAGAUUUGAGGGUAAAUUAGAGUCUUUUUGUGUUCAAUAGUGAUUUUCCCCAAAUUGAAGGCACCCAAAGUAAUUCAACGCAUGCUUGGUUACUAUUUUUGA